CCGGGUGAUCAAAAUCUGGGAGACAUGGAUGCCUGAUAGUCGGAGGAAGUAACUGUUCUGUCUUGUUAAAAUGGAGAAACACACUGUGACCAAUGUCGAUGAGAUUUUGUUUGCUGCGAGGCAGGCCAGCAGGACAUAUGGUCUUAAAGGUGAUGACGAAUUCGUGCAUACUCCUGACGGCGAGGUUCCAAACGAGUAUGAGAGAAGCAAACUUCGCUUAGUUAGUGACAAGAUACCGUUGUCAGCAUGGCUAGUCUGUAUCGUCGAGACUGCAGAGCGCUUCUCGUACUACGGCACGGCCGGUCCCCUUCAGAACUACAUGCAGAAUCCUUAUGGAAGUGGCCUAAGACCUGGAGCUCUUGGCUUGGGUCAAGCGAAUGCCAGUAGCAUCUGGUACGGUUUCAACCUCUACAUGUUCGUCACCCCGCUUGUUGGUGGUGUUAUUGCCGACUCUUGGCUCGGUCGCUAUCGCACGAUUUGUUGGGGAGUCGCGUUUCAGUUGGCUGGGCUUCUAAUAAUCUUUUUGACCUCAUUGCCGUACUCACUUGAGCAUGGUGCGGGCCUUGGUGGCCUCAUCGCCACACUCGUCCUCCUUGGCACCGCUUCCGGCGGUAUUAAGUCUAACGUUUCGGUGAUGAUCUUUGACCAGUACCCUGAAACCAAGGCCAAGCUGCGUACCUUGAAAUCUGGUGAAAGGGUUAUUGUCGACCCUUUGAUCACUAUAACGAACAUUUACAUGGUCUUCUACAACUUGCUAUGUAUAGGAUGCCUUUCGGGUAUUCCGGCAACGUAUCUUGAGCUCAGAGUCGGCUUCUGGGCCACAUUUCUGCUAACUUUUUGCGUCUUUUGGAUCUCAGUAGUUGGACUUGCGCUCGGUCGGAAAAAAUAUGUGAGAAACAAGCCUCAGCCAGUACUUGGGAAGGCUUUUCAAGCUCUGUGGAUGGCCGUAAGAAAUGGCUUCAAUAUGAACGCGGCCAAGCCUUCUUUCCAGGCUCGAUUACGCCAAAUCGGACGAAAUGGCUCUUCCGAGCACAUAACGUGGGGUUGGGACGAUCGUUUUGUCGAGGAAUUGAAACGUGGACUAUAUGCAUGUCGAGUAUUCAUACCACUACCGAUUGCUUGGCUGUGCUACCUCCAAGCAAUGAACAAUUUGGUCUCUCAAGCUGGAACGAUGGAAACGCAUGGACUUCCAAACGAUAUUCUUUACAACUUCCAAUUGAUCAUCGAAAUAGUAAUAAUUCAGGUUCUACGAACACUAGUAUAUCCUUUACUUCGUAAUCGGCACAUCAAGCUCGGACCAAUACGUCGUAUUACCUUCGGAUUUGCUGCCGGUGUCCUGGCUACUGCUUGGGCAGCCAUCGUGCAGCAUAUUGUCUAUUCAGCGGGGCCAUGCUACGAGUUUCCACUCAUGUGCGAGGCCAGUAAAAACGGUACCAUACCGAAUCAGGUCAACGUGAUGUUGCAGUUUCCAUGCUACGUAUUGUUCGCCUUGAGUGAGGCAAUGUUUUCCAUCACCGCGGCCGAGUAUGCUUACACGAAAGCGCCGACGAGUAUGAAGAGCGUGGUGUCGGCGCUCAACCUAUUCACGGUCGCCGUAGCGAGCGCUUUGGGAAUUGCUGUUUCGCGGGCAGCUGUGAACCCAGGUCUGACUAUAAUGUAUUCCUCGCUUGCUGCCGUGUAUUUUGUAGUCACCUGUUUAUUUUGGUUCUUUUGUCGUGGAUACGACGAUCUAGAGGAACAAUUCUUUGACCUUGAUGCCAAGAGUAGUUCGCAAGCAAGUCAAUGAAAAAUUUGCAGAAGAUAUUGGCUCGGUACCUUAACAAUAUGGUUAUCGUCAAACUUUGCUGGCCUUGGCCUUGGGCUUGAUAGUGUAGAGCAGACCACAAUCUAUCUAACUUGGUGUACUAC